AUGAUUAAAAAGGAUAAAACCAAAAAUAAAAAUGAUACUGAUAAGGUUCAUCUUGCUGGUGAAUAUGACAAGCCUAAUACUGCCUCGUCUAUGUACGGUCAUGGCAUCGAUUUAUUAAAUGCAGUAUCGGCAGGUGGCGAUAUCAUUACACCAUUCUUACCUUUAUUCGGUAUUGUUUCAAGCGUUGUUGAUGCAUUGAAUAUAAUAUAUCAAAACGCAAAAUGCAAUAAAGAAAUAUGUUCAGCUUUAUUGGAUCGUGUUGAGAUUGCUCAACAAGCUACCAAUUCUUUACAACGUAAAAGAAAUGAAAAUGAAAAAAAUUUUAUCAAUCAAGAAUAUUAUAAUUCAUGGGUUAGAUUUACUUACGUAUUAAAAAAUAUUAAAAAUUUCGCUAAAGAUGUAACGCAACAACAAUCAAUAUUUCGAAAAUAUAUGAAUGCUAAUGCUGUUAAAGCAGCAUUUGAUAAAAAUAUUAAAGAAUUUGAAGAAGCAUGUAGAGACUUACAAUUUUCAAUGAUUAUUUAUUCUGUCGAACAAAGAGAACGAGAUAAUAAGCAAAUUAUGGAAGAUAUUUGUAUGGUCUAUAAGACAAUAAACGAAGUUUCAGAUGAUGUAAGAAUAAUUUUGAAGGAAGUAAUUAUUUUAUCUUCCAAUAUGGAACAAUUGAAAGCUCAAAUAUCAAAACCUGGUGGAGGUUCUGCUUCCGCGAAAACUUUAUUAAAUGAGUCAUAUAAGGUUCAAACUAUUCACCCUUCUGAACUUAAGGAACCAGAUAGUGGAUCUGAUAAUGUAAGAGGAAAGCAUCAAACUGUUAGGAAAAGAAUCUAUCUUACAAUGGAUGUUGCGUGUAAAAAAUUUCUAACCAUUGAGAAAAAUGAUACAGCAGAUUCUCAAAAAGAUCAAACAGAAUUGGCAAUCCUCAGCUUAUUAGGAAAAUGCCCCCGUAUUGUUUGUUUUCAUGGUCUUUCAAGUAUAGAACAAGAUGAUGUUAUGGUUUUUGAAUGGGCUUCAUAUGGAAAUUUGAAAAAAGUUUAUACAGAUUAUAAAAUUUCUUGGACUAAAAAAUUACAAUUUAUCUCAGAUAUAUUUUGUGGUCUUAAUUUUAUAAAUAAUUGUGGAAUUCUUCACCACGAUGUUCGGUGUGAGAAUAUUUUGAUCACUAAAAAUUGGGGAGCAAAAAUUUCAAAUUUUAAAACGUCACGUCAAGUUGAAGCAGAUACUAAGCCACGUUCAAACUUGAUUGAUUAUGUUCGUUGGUUAGCUCCCGAAAAACUUCGUAAUUUAGAAACCCGUUACACCCAUAAUUUCGGGAUGUUGGUUUGGGAACUUUGUUACCAAAUGAUACCAUAUGAAGACAAGACUUUACAACAAAUACAAGAUCAUGUUAAAAACAAGGGAAGGGAAAAUUUGGGAAUUCAAUUUCAUCCAAGUCGAAUUGCGCGAGAACUUGCUAUGCUUAUUAAUCAAGCAUGGAAUGAUAAUCCGGAGUUACGUCCAUCAUAUCCUGAAGUUCAUUCGAAAAUCAAAAAUUUAGAAAUAUAUAUAUCUAAACAAUCCCCACGAAUUUUCCCAAAAGAUAAAACCAAUAAUGACAUUCCAAGUAUUGACUCGGAUCAACAAAGCGAUCAAAAAUCCGAUAAAGAUCCCUCUAUCAUUGUUGAUAUUGACCUUCUUGAACCCAAUGAAAUGGAUGCCUAUGAGCUACCACAUGCCAAAAUUCCAACAGUUAAAGUCUUAAAACCAUUUGAGGAUGGAGUUAAAGCAUCUAAAGAACGUCGACAUAAGGAAGCUUGGGAAUGUUUUAGUGAACAUGCUAAUUUAGGACAUAGUUUAGCAAAAUAUUAUAAAGGUUUUUAUCUUGAGAAAGGAUACGUAGUAAGAAAUGUAGAAGAAGGUAAAAAAUGGAUAAAAAUUGCAGCGGACGAAGGUGUCCCGGAUGCACAACUUCGGUAUGCAAAUAUGUUAAGGAAAGACAGUAAAAAUAGCUCAAAUAGUUCUAAAAAUGACGCGAGUAUUUUAUAUUAUUUGAAACAAGCGGCAGAUAUGGAAAAUGAAGCUGCUAUGUAUUAUCUCGGAGAAAUUUAUUGUGAUGGAAAAUAUGGAACGCAAAAAGAUGAAAAAAAAGGAAUUGAACUAAUUAAAUUAGCAGCCUUGAAAAAUCAUCCUGCCGCAAUAGAUUUUAUGAAUAAAACCAACAUAACUUAUUAA